CGCUCCCCUUUCCCCCUACCUUUACCAAGAACAUCCCUACGUCCGUAGCCAAGAUUCACGCAUUGUCGGCUCGAAUUUCGUCCAAGUCACCACCCGCCCAAAAGACCGAUUCCUCGAGAAAAUCGACCGAACCCUGGCCGAAGUGCGUGCGAUGCCCAGAUUUGGC